AUGAAAAGAAGUGGAGCAAGAGGAAGAGAAAGUGAAAGGCAAAGUAUAUCACAUAUGGCUAAUGGUGGGAAAAAAGAAAGAUCAAAAACUCUUCUCCAAAACCCAAAGUAUAUACCAGAUUCUAAAGCCCAUGACCCUCUUCACAGCCCUUCUUCCUGUCUCUCAGAGAACUCAGGUCUGGUCUCUUACAAACUCCCUUCACACUCUGACAGAAUCUUCACCCAAUUACAAAACCUUUUCAAGGAGGAAUUACUGCUGGAUUACACCUUUAUCAUCGAGGGAAACUCAUUCCAAGCCCACAGGCUUGUUCUAGCAGUUAUGAGUCAAACCCCAAAUGCAUUUUUAGGUUCAAAACAAGUGUCUGGACUUGGACUGGAAGAAAUGACACAUUGUUUGACCCCAGUUGGGUUAAGGGCUAUUCUAGAGUUUGCAUACAGUGGACAUGUGGCCAUGGACUUGAGUAAAGAAGGGGUAAUGGAGGAGGUAUUGAAUGCUUCUCAGUGUCUACAGAUGCAGAGGCUGAAGGAAAGUUGCAUGUCAAAGAUUAAAACAUCUGCUACAAAAGAGAGAGAGAAGAGCUUGACUAUAAUCAAAGACAUAUGGGAGAGGGGAGAAGGAUGUGACAUCACAAUACAAGCAGAGACAGGAGAAAAAUACUCAGCACAUCGUGUGGUUUUAGCAGCAGCUGGGGACUAUUUCCGGGCGUUGCUGUGCGGAGGGUUACGGGAGUCUAAUCAGGAAGUCGUGUGCCUGCGAGGUGUGUCAUCUUGGGUGAUUGAAUCCAUGCUAUAUUUCAUCUACACCGGUCAGCUCAGACUGAGCUGGAGCCGGAUUUGGGAGCUCACAGAUGCAAUGCUUCAGUUCCAGCUGGAGGGGGCGCUCUCACUUUGCAUUGAGUUCCUGCAGGACAGGAUGGAUGAAAGCACCUGUCUAGAUGUGCUGGUCCUGGCUGAGACCUAUGGCCUGAUCCAGCUAGGGCAGGCUGCAGAAGACUAUAUUCUAGCCCACUUCCAGAGCAUCUCUGCUGGGGAGAAGUUAAAGGAUAUCUCCUUUCCGCUCCUUGACAGGCUUCUUAAGCAGGACUCCUUGUGUGUAGAGAGUGAGAUUGUGGUGUUCAGGACAGUAGUGAGCUGGGUGGAGGAGAACCCUAAAGAGAGACUUCAGUGCCUGUCCAGCCUGCUCUUUCAUGUUCGUAUCACGCUCUUCAGCCAUGCUGAACUUCAGGAGGCCCUUAGCUGCAUCAUCUUAUACAGGAGCCCUGGUGCAAGGAAAACAGUGGAAGCCCUCCAAAGUCUCAUUGAGGGGGAUUACAGGGGACCUAAAUAUCACCCUCGCACCCAAAACCAGGUCCUGGUUUUGGUGGGUGGGGACACUGUCGAUGAUGAAUUCAUGAAGAGGGUUCCCAGCCAGACCAUGUGGUUUGCUCAACACUUCCACCGUGGGCCCGGUCUACUAAGGAGCAUUGAGUGGAAACCAUUCGCAAAGAUUCCUGAACCUGCACGGUUCAGACACUCUGUCUGUCUCCUCAACAACAAACUGUACGUGUUGGGAGGACGCAAGUACUACGGAGCACUGGACAUCCUCAAGUCAGCAGUGAGGUUUGACCUGACGCAGUGCAAAUGGGAACAGCUCCCCGACAUGCUGCAUCAGAGGGACUACUUUUCUGCAGUGUGCCUAGAUGGGAAGGUUUUUGCUCUUGGGGGUAACUGUGAUGAUCAUCAAUACCACGAUGCUGUUGAGUACUACAUUCCUGAGGAGAACAUCUGGAGGCCAGCUCACCCUCUGGACACAGCUGUUUGUGGCCAUGCUGCAGCUGUUCUGGAUGGGCAGAUCUACGUCUCUGGUGGUUCUGACUCCCAUCACCACUGCCUCACCUCUAUGUGGCGCUACAAUCCUUCCCGUGGCUGUUUUCCCAGAGCACCCAUGACCGUGGGAGCAGGACGUGCAGGCCAUACAAUGUUAGCUUUGAGAAGGGGGUUGGUAGUAGCUGGAGGGCUACAGCCGCUCUGGAUGGGCUUUGGAGACCAACUCAUGUGUGAGCUGUACGACCCAAUCCAUGACUCCUGGUCCUCUUUUCCCACCCUGCCUCGACCUCAUCUGUCACCAGGAGGAACUGUACUUGAUGGUAGACUGUAUGUGGUGGGAGGUUCUUCAGCAAACACAGCAAGGGAUACCAAGUGGGUGCAUUGCUAUAACCCUAAAGAGCAAUGUUGGGAAAACCUGGGUGCUAUGCCCUAUCCAUAUACUGAUCUGGCAGCUUGCUGCCUGCCACUCCCAGACCUGGUUAAUUAA